GUUUUGUAAUGAAUGGGUUUUUUUCCUUGGAGCGCCUGCCUAUUAUUAGCUACGGAGGCCUUACAGUAAGUGGAGGUGGUUCCAUGACGGUCGGAGCUGCAGCUCUGCAGCGCGCAGACAGACCUCAGAUCAGCGACCGCGUUUUUGGCAAUGCAAUCGGAAAAAUCGCACUGAUCCAAGAAGGGGGGAGACGUUUCCUCAAAAACAUCUGCGGUCUACGGCCGGCUUUUUCCACGCCUGGUUUACCUUGCCUUGAAGAUGAAGUUAAAUACGAGCUGCCGUCAGGUGCCAGCCGCAUCCGAUGGAGCCCUGCUUUCCGUCUCGAUCAUCGACCAACCCCAUGCAGCACUUCCUUAUGUUGCGGUAAGACUACGGUUAUCACUCUGAAGGGAUUGAAUUGCAUUUUAUUUCCAAUCCAGUGUUUUUGCUGUUAAACACAGCGGCACAUAAACAGGCUCAGGAGUCAGUGACGGAGGGUUACAUAACGUGUAAUGCAGCAGAGCCUCAUGACUAGUGUCUCGGUGGAGGAGGGACUGUUCGGUCCUUCUGGUAGGAAAUUUACAAUUUUAUCAUGAUUGUUUCGGGUUAUAACUCAGGAUGCAUGCUCGUUCUCCUGUUAUUUAUCAUGAGGGAUAGUCUUGCGGCGUUGUGUGGGUUUAUUUAUAACAUUUGACCGUAUUAACGCGAUGAAUGAAGUGGGGAGUUGCGCAGUGUAGACUGUAACAGGAAAGGACAUGUGAAUGAGUAAUAUUAGAGGCGUUGUAGCUCUAUAGUGUCAUACAGGCCCGGCUUAAGGUCAGACUGCCACAUGCUUUUGUGUCUAAACCGAGGUGAGACCGAGCCUAUAGGAAUGCAGAUCGUGCAGUCAAUGAAAGGCUGAUUUUAUGAAUGACAAGUGACCGUGGAAAAAAAGAGAAAUCAUAGUAACCCUUCAUAGUAAUCUCUGGGGCACUGUGCAAAAAAAGCAUGCAUCCAAAAAGCAUGCAUCUAAUACUUCCCACUGAAUGAUGUUUUAUCAUCUAGAGCUUCAGAAUCAAUAGUGUGGUUGUAAUUUAGGUCAAGCUGAGGUGAUGCUGUAGAAAGAGGGGCGGUUAUCCUCUCAGAGCAGGUCCAUGCAGUUCAAGCAGGUACAGGGCGUCUGACCUCAUUCACAAAGAAGUGGCUCCAUCUGAGUGAAUAAAUAUCAAUGUUGUCUCCGAUCGAAGAUUGCUAUAGCAGUAACUCUUGAAAGAAGAUGCUGGGAUGAAACUCAAAUAGUUAGGUGGUGUUUCAGCUGGUACGAUAUGAAUCAUUGGCUUACUGACAGCACCGGCACAGCUCAGGACCUAUUAUUCUCAUUUUCACGUAAUACUGCUGACGUUUUCACAGUAGGUAAAAUAACUGAUGGCUAUGGCACACAAGGACACAAGCUACAGUUCCCUUGGAAACCAGUCUGGAUUCCUCAUUCACUAACUCCCAUUUUUAGUAGACAAAAAUAGUCUUUUUAAAUCUAUUUUCUCCUAUUUAACAAGAGUAGGCGUAUUUGUGAAUGUCACAUCUCUAGCUUUCAUUUUUGUGAAUUAUGUUUGUGAUACUUGGGAAUUUUAGAGUUGCAGAUGUUUAAAGGGAUUGCAGUAUCAAGCAGCUUUUUAACGUUACUAUUUCUGAAAUAAAUGAUUGUUUUAUAACUUAAUGUCCCGUACAAUCUAAUCAAAUUCUUAAAAUUGUCCCAUUAUUAACUCGUCAUAUCCCUGUAACGGACCAAGCCCUUUUUUGCUUGCUUGUCCCUUUAAAUUCCCCCUAUCCCAGGAGCAGGAUAGGGAACUUGUGAAUGGGUACAAGGAAGUCACGAGACUCUCCAUUGAUAGCUCUGCAGGCAGAGCGAGCGGUGCAGAUGAGGAGUAGUCUCAGCGUCUCACAUCCAUUGAGAUCGCUCUUCCUUUACCGCCCGAGAUAGAGAUUUCAGGUGCUGAUGCAGCAUCUCUCUCUGCCUCCUUUUCUAUCGGCAGGUCCCAGCUGACAGAUUCUGAUAUGGACUAUGAGAGGCCAAACGUUGAAACUAUCAAGUGUGUGGUGGUGGGAGACAAUGCCGUUGGAAAGACCCGCCUUAUCUGUGCUCGGGCCUGCAAUGCCACACUGACUCAGUACCAGUUACUCGCUACUCAUGUGCCCACAGUCUGGGCGAUUGACCAGUAUAGAGUGUGCCAGGAGGUGAGUAUGCAAGCUUGCUGCUUUUUAGAUUACCAGUUUUAAAAAUGUAAGAUAUUUUUGACAUGAUUGAAAUGUUUGAAGUGUGACUCACAUGCAAAUCUAGCUGCAUAAGUAAUAGUGUAGUAUAAGUAAUAGUUCUUAUCUUAUCUUAUUAGGUGUUAGAGCGAUCCAGGGAUGUAGUGGAUGAUGUCAGUGUGUCCCUUCGCCUCUGGGAUACUUUUGGAGACCAUCAUAAAGACAGACGUUUCGCAUAUGGCAGGUGGGACAUUGUACGUUUCAGAAUUAGUGAACCAUCAGCUGCUCUUGUGCCCCCUGAGUUCAGAGAGUUUUCUUUUUUUCCCCCUUCAGGUCUGAUGUGGUGGUUCUGUGCUUCUCAAUAGCCAACCCUAACUCUCUCUACCAUGUGAAGACCAUGUGGUACCCCGAGAUCAAGCACUUCUGCCCCCGUGCACCUGUCAUCUUGGUGGGCUGUCAGCUGGACCUGCGCUAUGCAGACCUGGAGGCAGUGAACAGGGCACGAAGACCUUUAGCGAGGUAGAUGGACUCAAAUUUCAAUGCAAAGAGGUUUGAUUUCCUGUGAUGUUUUAUUUUCUCGUACCAGGAUCACCUUUGAUAUAUUUCCUUGUUUUUUAGGCCAAUUAAAUCCAACGAGAUUCUUCCUCCAGAACGAGGCCGAGAGGUGGCCAAAGAGUUGGGAGUGCCAUAUUAUGAAACCAGUGUUGUGGCUCAGUUUGGAGUCAAGGACGUCUUUGAUAAUGCUAUCAGGGCUGCGCUCAUCUCACGCCGCCACCUGCAGUUUUGGAAAUCUCACCUUAGAAAUGUUCAGCGGCCUCUCCUUCAGGCGCCCUUCCUGCCACCGAAACCUCCUCCGCCCAUAAUCACUGUGCCUCCUCCCCCGACCACCACAGAGGAGCAUCCAGUCGGUCUUCUGGAGGACCCACACUGUGCUGACGUCAUCUUGGUCUUGCAGGAGCGGCAGAAAAUAUUUGCACACAAGAUAUACUUGGCGACAUCCUCCUCAAAGUUUUAUGACCUCUUUAGUAUGGAAACACAAAACGAGGAGACUGAAAGGCCCCCUCGGGGUCCUCUCUCCGGCCGAGAGCUGCUGAUGCGUGCUGCUAGCUUCGAUGUUUGUGAAAGCAGUGACGAUGGAGACAGGGCUAACCUUAGGGCUUGCACUAGUGACGGAACUUUGAAAGACUCUGAGGGGGGCCGACGGGGCAGACUGCUCUCCUCAUGGAGCCGGGCUUUCGUCAGCAUCCAGGAGGAGCUGGUGGAUGACCCCGUUACAUACAGCCCCAGGCCUAUGACUGUAGUGCACAUGGACCAGUCCAUGCAGCUGGGCCCUUUCAGAGCAGUGCUGCGCUACCUGUACACAGGUCAGUUGGACGAGAACGAGAAGGAGCUAAUGCACAUUGCACACAUUGCUGAGCUGCUGGAGGUCUUUGACCUUCGGAUGAUGGUGGCAAACAUACUCAACAAUGAAGCCUUCAUGAACCAAGAAAUCACCAAAGCCUUCCAUGUUCGGCGCACAAACAGAGUGAAAGAGUGCUUGGCCAAAGGCACCUUUUCUGGUGAGAGGAAAUCUUUUAUCUAUGUUUGUUCAUGUGUGGGUGGAUACAAGCGUAAGCGAGGAGUUGUACGAGUCCUACCUGUCUGUGUUGCAGAUGUGAUAUUCAAGCUAGAUGACGGGACCAUCAUGGCCCACAAGCCUUUACUCAUCUCUAGCUGUGACUGGAUGGCAGCUAUGUUCGGUGGGCCUUUUGUGGAGAGCUGCACCAAGGAGGUAGGCUUAACAAACUUUUCUUCAACUAUAUGCCAGAGUGCGAAAAUACACCAUUAGCACUAAAGUACAGAACAAAGUCAGCAAUGUGUAAAACAUUUAUUCCCCUUUGUUCAUAAUUUCCACUGGCAUUCUUAUCGCCUGUUGAUUUAUAAAGCAGUAACAAUUAAACUUUAAUUACUUUAUAAUCACAAAAAGCACGCCAGAGCAGCAAAGAUCAAUAUAUAAACUGACCUAGAACAAUGAACCGUGUGGUCAGUGUGCGAGGCAUAAUUUAAUUAGAGGAUUGCAAAGCUGUUGUAAUGCAAUUACUUGUGCCUUUGUGAUCUUAACGGGAUGAACCUCUUUUAGGUCAGUAUAUUGCUUUUCUACCUUAACAAAAAAAAAAGGUAUUUGAAAGUAUAACAAACAAUAGCGGCUCAUUCCUGUAAGGCAAUUUUAGAUGCACUGCAACUUUAUCGGCUUUAAAAUGCACAGUUACCUUUUUUUGUUUCCAUUGUUGCCGAAGCAAAAACAAAACAAUCUGUUAUUUUUUUCUUUUAUUAGUUUUCAUUUCAACGUAACAACCCAUAUAGAGGUGGAUUUCUGGCUUGUCUGCUCUAAAGGAAAGCCUUUAAUUAAAAUGUUGAAUGUGUCACAUGUUCCUGUUUCUAAGGUGCUGUUUCCAAACACAACUCGCAGCUGUAUGAGGGCUGUGCUAGAAUAUCUCUAUACAGGCCGGUUUUGUUCUCGGCCUGACCUGGACGCGAUGGAACUUAUUGUUCUGGCCAAUCGUCUUUGCCUCCCUCACCUGGUUGCACUUACAGGUAUUAUAUGUGGUGUUUGUAUUACCAUUUAAGGAUUGUAUUACGCAGAGUCCUUGUGAGCGUUUAUGAGUCGGUGUCUGGAAUGACUUUCUUUUCUGUCUCUUUCAGAGCUCUACACAGUAACAGUGUUGACCGAAGCAGCAAUGAUGGGGGCCGACAUUGAUGGAGAUGUGUUGGUGUACUUGGAUAUGGCCCAGGUAUUGUGCCAGUCAUCACUAAAGAGAGGUGGCAUGAAAGGCUCUUACAUAACGCUCGGGCAAAUUGGAUUUUUAUUAAUGAGGACAUUUGUAAGGGAAAACUGCUCUGGAGGCUGAGAUCAUUUCAUAACAGUUUAUCUGCUGUUUUGACGAUGAAAUGAAAAAUCCUUGAGGUCAGGGUCAGCUCUUGAUGUGAAGUCAAUGUCGGAUUAUGAUCUGCUUCAGGUUCGAUUCUUUUUUUUUUACUUCACCGUAGAUCAUUAGGACUGGAUCACCAACUGCUACUAUUGAUUUUUUCUGACAACUUGAUUAUUUGCCUGAUACUUUCCAACUUUCCUUUCUGCAUCACUAAAACACCAAAAAAAUGUAGUAAUGAGUAAAAAUGUGAGGAUUCUUGCCUUACAGAAAGAAGAGUUUUAUUGAGAAGCCAUGUGUCCAAGUCAGAAAUACUUUAUUUUCAGGGGAGAAAUUCAGGCAUUGCAGCUCUUACACAGCGUAGAAAUGAUGAGAAACAGCUAAUGAAGUAGAACUGACAUAGAACUAAUUCCAAUAUGGCAAUCAGAACCUUAGGAUAGCAAAAUUAGCUACUAAUAAUUUUUUUCGUACGUGAAUCAAUAACAACCUCUGAGUCUUCUUAGUGGUGCUCCAGCUCAAAUAUUGAAGUGUUUUAAUUUAACCAUUUAUUGCAUUUUAUAUCAUAUUUGAUACAUACUUUUAUAUACUUCUGUCAAAUUAAUAUGAUCAACAAAUUACAAAAAAAAAAAAAACCUGAAUACAGUCAGAUAAAUGAUAAAAAAUGUCCUCUUGUAGUUUAUCAGUUUACAAAAACAUCUAAUGUAUCAAACAAGACAAAUAAAUAUAUUUGUUAAAUUUUAAGGACAUUUUGAUUUAAGGACAUUUUGAUUUUUUUGGUUUUAAGUAGUAAGUGAAAUAAACAUUUCAGCUCCAAAAAGAUUAGAAUUUUCUGGUCAUAAUUUGUGGUGCCAGGCGUUAAAGAGCUAAAGUAACAAAAAUACCUAAAAACAACAACUCUAUCUUGCAAAUAGAAUAGCUCAGAAAAGCAAAAAUGUUGAGUAAUGAUUUUGUAUGUCAACAGUUCCACGGUGCUCAACAGCUCACUGGCUGGUGCCUUCACCACAUCUGCACCAACUACAACAGCGUCUGCCGAAAGUUUCCUCGAGACAUGAAGUCCAAGUCUACAGGUAACACUCACAUAAACCUGCAGAGACCCUUAGAGCACACUUACACAGGGCAAUAUGCACUGUGCCCAAGCACCUUUUACCCCAAAACUUUAGUUUGUUUAACUAUUGUUAGUGGUCUGUACAGUAUUAAAGCUCAGGACACUUUCUUGGUACAGUUACUUAUACAUGGGCACCUGUAUGGGUAGGCAUGAGGGAUGUGAUGGAUAAUAAUGCAGCCACUCCUAUUUCCACCUUGCAUAAUCAGUAUCAAUCAUAAAACUAUGUUUGUCUGAAUACAAGACGUUUUUUUCUCUUUAAAAUGUAUGAGACAAAAAUGGGUCAGUUCUUCUGUUCGAGGUCUACACUGUUUCAUGCCAGCAUGCAGUCACGGUUUGUGCAAUGUGGCACCUGAUUAUUUUACUGUAACCAAACCAAACACCACACCUCAUAUUAACGUGAUGAUAGAGAGAAAACACCUGCACCUGAAUGCUUUCAGCCUGUCAAGUUGGUUCAACAAAAGCAGUAGGAGCACAUAUCUCCAACAGAAAAGUUGGGAGGAAACAUAGCCAGACUUGAACUAAUGUCAUAGAAAGAUGGUAAAAAGGGGACUUCUUCACUUGGAGAAGAAGAAUCAAUGUCCAGUUGGAGCUUAAAAUACACAAGUACAUCUACUCUGAUUAAUCAGCAACUCCCACAUGCUGAUCUGUAAUAAUUCUGGAGAAAUUACCACAAAUAAAAUGAUUAUACAGCUCCAGUGAAAACACUGUUUAAUGGUUCAUUCUUCCCCUCUCUCCCUCUUUCUCCCCCUUUAUUUAUUAGUGCUGUAGUUUGACAUUGACACCCUGUUUCCCAGUAUCAUUUGAACAUUCUGAUUUAACUUGUUGAAUCAUUGCAUCAUGGAGAGAAACCAUACAUGUUCUUCUAUGAGGUGAAGACAUAAGUAAAAGAUAUAAUCGGUAUAGUGCUUUGACCCAGUUGGGUCUGGAACAGUAUGUGAAUUUAGGACAGCGAGGGACAGGGGAGGGGGAGCAGUUGUGCUUCGGCUCAGUAUGGAAGUGAAUGUGCCUUAAAAUGCAGACUAUUUAUUAAUCCAUAUAUGUAAUGCUCCAUGAUGACCACCUGGACGUUAAAGCCUUGUUUGCAAAGACUCUAGUUGGGCUGUUUAGUAAUGAAGGUAAAUUUGGAUAGCUCAAAGGAAAACUGUAACAAGAAAUUAUACAUUAAAAGAUUCUUAAAAGUAACAAUACUGCAUCUCAAAUCCUUUAACGGUUUUGUUUAUGUGCAGAGAAUCAAGAAUACUUUGAGAAACAUCGCUGGCCCCCUGUGUGGUACCUAAAAGAGGAUGACCACUACCAAAGAGCACGCAAAGAGCGCGACAAAGAGGACUACCUGUAUCAGAGACGGCAAUGCAAACGCAAGUGGCUCUUCUGGAAUCUCCCUUCCUCUCCUAACUCGAACUCUCCUUCCUCCGGCUCAUCCGCUGUCAUCUGACCGAGCGGUAAGGCCGGGUCCACUCAUGUACAUCAGGGUGGAUGAGAGCUGUUAAAAAACAUAUAUAUAAAAACAAGCACUGCUGGAUGGUACGCCCCAAUUAUUCAGGCACACAGUUUCUUCCCCUGUUUGUUUGCCUCUGCUGUCGAACGGCACUCCUCCAGGUUCACAAGGUCACCUCAAUCUGGCAGUUUAAGUAAUGUGUUUGUUCCGUAGAUUUUUAGCUCGAUGUAAAUGAGACUCAAAACCUCAGUGAUGUGAACCUCACUGGAAAAAAUGGCACAGUGCAACUGGCGCAAGUAACAAUUUAUGGCGACUGUCAUAUGUUCCACCGUUUGAGUUUAAAAGAUUAUAAUUCUGCUGGCACAGAACUCUCCACCUAUCAUCAUAACCACCAUCAACUAACCUGAACUGAUAACCAAGUGCUGCUUCUAAGCUGCAACAACCAGCAACUCAACAGAACUUCUCAGUCUCAGAGUUAAAACACUUUGUCCUUAAGUGUUUGUACAAUCUACCAAAUUAUGUGUACAGUACGAUCUCAUCAACUGGAUGUAACAGUAGAACAGCCUCAGAUAAUGUAGUAUUUCACACUAACCAUGCUUUGAACGUGUAUGCAUCAAUGAAAAUACGGGCAAGUUCAUUCUGCUUUUGAAUGUUUGUGUUAUGACUUACACGGCUCAAAGCUGAGUCGGUCUACACACUCAGCAUUUACGUAUUGUGAUCGUGUUAUUUGUGGCGUCUCGUCACAAAAGGGCUUUAGUUUACAUGAAUGAAUACAGUGUCCUGGGACACAAGAGAUCCUGCAGGAAGAGAAAUAUCUGUAAUUUCUUUAAAGCGCCAGCAAAAAACAGAGCCAGAUCGUCCUUGUUAUGUGUUGCUUGAUGAGACUUGUAAGCACACAGUUUACCCAGCAGUUUUAUUUAUAAUGCUCCAUCAGCUCAGUCACUGUCAAUAUUGAAAUAAGAGACAUGUUGCAUCUCAGAGCAAAUUUCAUAUAUUCACGCAGCAGCCUUUCCCUCUCAGGUUGGGAAGUUAAAAUACGGUCUUACUGCAGGGUUCCUGAAGGUUUAUUGUCUAAAUGUUUAACAACCAACAAGUCAUUAUUAAUGAACAGCUUUCAGAUUAAUCAGCAGUCGAAAGGAUAAUCAAUCAAAAGCUCUGCAGGGCAUACAAUUACAAGGUAAAGCUAACAUCCGCUGUCCUUCUGUGAUUAACCGUUGUUAGCUUAAUGCCACUCCCUUGCUUAUAUGAACACAAACAAAGGAGUGGCAUAAAGCUAACAUUAACUAUCCUCCUAAAAUAACAACUCGGUCAAAUAAAGUUAUAUUACUGUAAGUUCGGAUGUGGAUAAAAGCAAAUAUCACCUGACCUGCUAAAGAUAACGAAUGUGAGCAUUCAGCCACUUCAGCUCAUUUCAACAUUUACUGGCGAGUGGCUAAUGGCUAAAAGGAUAGCAUUUAGCUCAUACCACCACAGGCUAGAUGAUGGCUUAUGGUAUCAUUGAAAUAAAUCAAGUUCUUAUCUUUGAUCUCAAUUCUAAGCUUACUAUAUUGUUAGCCAGAAAAUGUCUGAUUGCAAACAAAAGUUGUUUGAUGAUAGCUGUAUGAUAUAUCAGAUAUGUUGUUUAAAUUAAGGCCUCAUGUCCCUCUAGAUGUUAAUCAUCCAAUAUCUUAUCCAUUCUCUUGCUGAUCGCCCUGAAAGAUCGCAGUAUCCAAUAUGGAACAACAGUUUCCCAUCCUGUUGGUUGUGUCAGAGAGAAAAUGUCUGCCGUGUGAUUCUGUGAAUAGAAAACUUUCUAGAGCUUCACACCCACACAUGUAUCACCGUCACUCUGACAGCGUGUGAUUCGGUGGUGAUUUGGUCUUGAAAGAUUGAUCUGAGCUGAUGACAAAAUGCGUGCUGACAGUUUACAAUUGGCCAUAAAAAAAUACUUGUACAAACAGGAGGCUUCCUCAUGCCUGGGUGAGGUCGUCCAUACUCUUCAAUACUUCUGGACUCUUCUCCACAGAGACAAACACAUAAACCUCUGGUAGCAGCAUCCUGGUGGACUGCACUGUAGACAAUGUGGUAUUGUGAAACACUGCGGCAAAUGUAAACAAAAGCAACCGAAGAGUAGACAUGAAGAUGUUUAGUAUGCUUCAAGAAAUGUGAGGAGGUAAGAUGAACUCAUUUUCAUGGUUUGUUUUGCACACUUCAUGGUAUAUUUAAGAUUGUCAUCUACUGUUGUACUUGAUUGUAGAGUGGACACACAAGCACGGUGCUUGGUGAAAAUGGGUAGUAUUGUAUAUUGUACAAAACAUCAGAUGUAUUGCAAGUAACUUGCACCACUCUGUUGUGCAGUUACGUUUUAUUGUGCACUGCAGGCAGUGAGCAGAAUCAUACAGUAUUACUGAGUAAUACAUACACUGAUUAUAGACUUGACUUAUCUGACUUGUAUUUAGUUACUGUGCAGCUACAAACAGUUGUUGAAAAUAGUCAUUGUGCUGACCUCCAGUUACAUCAAUUAUAUACUGUAGUAUCCACGCACAUUACAGGCAACCCAAACAAACAGUUGACUUACAGUAGAAUAGGAUUACAGUGCAACGUAAAGUAGACACUCGCUUAUAUUAAUGGCAUUAUAAACACUUAUGGUACCUCCUUUAAACACACCAUUGUUUUACUUCAAAUAAGUAAAUUGUAAUUGCAGACCUUGCUUUUGCAGCGUAUGUUAAAGACACCCUGCAUACGAUUGGUUAUACAGUCCCAUUAUCUUGUGGAUUCAAAGAGCUGUGUCUCUUUGAAGGGCUCUCACAGUGGAAGGUAAAGUGAAGUGCAGGUGCCGGUGCUCUAAGCAGUAGCAUUCACACAUUUUCAAUUAACAUUAUUUUUGGCUUUUGCUAAGUAAACAUAAACAAUGCCAUUUUCAAUAUCUUUAUCGAUUAAAAUAUUUUGCACGUAUGGUUGGACAUCAGGCCUGGCUUUAAGCCCCCAAAAGAGCUAAACUCAUCCAGUUUAACCCUAAUUUCAAAUGUCAAAGCAGUUUAAUGUAACAGCAGGAGGGUCUUUAUUGUUCUUCUUUGCCUUGGCAAUGUUAUUGAUACAUUUCAUAGACAUGCAUUUCAUUCCUCAGUGCAUUGCAUCUCUCAGUGAAUCUUCUGCUGACGUUUUGCAUCAACACCUCAUGCCUUAAUGUACAGUGUAGUGUAAGGUAUUGAAUGUAAAGUUGUGUUACUGUGGUUACUAGUUUGUUUGCUAUAUGUUAAGUUACCAUGGUGCUCUCUAGACUGUGUUUGUAUUUGUUAAUGUACAUAAUCCAUCACUUGGAUGUAAAGCAAUUGAUGUACGGUUUUGGGGAACCCACGGAGUGUGUGUUAGUUAAAGAUAAAGACUGCGCUGGGCUUAUGCCGUGAUAAAGCCACAUAACUUAGCAAAGACUCAGACCAUCAAGGCCAUACUAGACUAACUAAACAACAAACCAUCAAUUUGUAACAUGAACCAUGAAAUGAAUGCAGGGAUUUAAAAUUGUUCCAUUAUUUCAGAGUUGCUUUCUUCUACUGCAGUCCAGUUUUGGAAUCUGCGUUUAAAAAGUGCUGAGACUGUGUGACUAUUGACAUCAAGAUUUUAACAACAACAACAAAAAAAAAAUGUAAAUAAAAGUUAUGUGAUGACUUGCAAUUGAAACUUGGCAUAGCAGCUGAUACAAGCUAUUGCAUAGUUUAACACAAAAACUGUUUUUGUACUAUGCAUACUGACGUGUCUGACUUUGAAACUACAAACUUGCACUGCUUUGUAGCACCAGGUUCUACUCAAAUUGCAUCAGACGGAACAACAACAUUAUUAGACAUGUAGACAACAUCAGGUAAAAAUCAAAAAUCAGAUCAUAAAUUACUAAGAGGUUGUCACUGGGGCCCUUUUCCAUGUGUUUGGGUGCUAAUAUCACCGCUGCAGAAAAGCACAAACCAAAGGGAGCUUUAGCAGCACCAGGAAUAUAUAUGCUGCACAAUCACUACUGCAUAGUUUAAGAGGCCUUGUUUAAAAAUGGUUGAAAAUUAAACUAAAAAAAUAAAACAGUAAAUAAAAAGAAAAAAAACUUGAAUGUUUUUUUCAGUGUUUAAAGCCCAGGUGACAUUUUCCUUAGUCAUCAGGUAUUUUUGUUCUCAAAAGCUGUUUUUAUUGUUUGGGAGCUGUAAAUUUGAACUUCCGUAGCAUGUGUUCUUGAAGAUGUGUAAAUAAUAUUUACUAAAUAAAAAGGCGCAACAUGUGCCCUGUGGGUGUUGGCGUCAGUCUUUAUUUAAAA